AUGUUCUCUUCCCGCCAAUACCAUACAGCUGCAGUCACUGCCCCAGGUCCAACGGCAGCAAUUCCCAUCGCAAUCACCAAAACCGCCACGCCUAGGUUAACUCGUGCCCUGCCAACUCGAUUCAUAUCCCACACGGCCAGAAUGCACCAUACCGCCGUCGCGAUCCAGAACACCCAAAAACCCGCAAGCCAGAGCAUGCGGAUAUCUCCAAACACAACGAGCAUGGAAUGUCCGGCAUGGGCUUAUCAGCGGGUGGAGUCCGGUGGCCGUCGGGGUAGAACAUCGCGGAGCGGCGACGGUGAUGCCAAAGGCGUGAUAGAUGAUGACCCAAAAAAUUGUACUGAAGCUAUUGAAUGUGUUAAUCUCGUUGUGUUUGGCCAACGGAAGGACUCAAGGGUAACUCACAAUGUCAACAAGUUCAAACUGUUGCGUUUCCUGCAAGAUUCAAUUGUGGAUAUGGCAACUAUGGGAAAAAGUGAGAAGUACAAAUACAUCUGGACAAUGGUAAAGCAAGCAGAAAGGGCCAAGAAAAAUGAAGCCAACACCCAGCUGUACCAACCUCUACAGCAAGGGGGGCUAAGCAGGUCGGAGUCAUAUGGGACAAGGGUAAUGUGA